CUCACUUCAAAGUCAUGCUGGCGCUGGAGAGGCGAGGGAGAAAAGGCAUCUCUCUCUCUCCACACACACACACACACACACACACACACACCUCCUCCACCCCAGGCAUGCACAGCAGAGAUCCCUUCACGCCCGGCUCCCAAGCUCAGAAUGCAGAGGCGACCAUGGGGGACGAUCCAGCGGUGAUGGGCCCAGUUCAUGAGUACCGAGGGUACCAAAGUAAAUGAAGCCAGUGCAAUAUGUUCAGCGUAGAGGAUCUCCUAAUUUCUCAUGGAUACAAAUUGUCUAAAAAUCCCACCAAUGAGUACGAGAACAGAGGCGAUGGAUUCCAGCCUGAAGUUGCAGAUCGAAGGUCUGGUCAUGGAACUCUGAAUGGCUUCCCGGCCAACUCUGGAGCCCAUCCCAGCAGCAAGAAGACAGGAACCAAAAGCUACUUGAAUGACAACGAAAGUAGUCAUGUCAUCCAAGGGAGGCACCUGGGCCCCAGUUACCACAGAGACUUCCCAAGUUUGGUCAAUACUCAUGCUUCGGAAGCAGGGUUUUAUGACCGGCCACAGUUAGGCUGGUCUUCGCGCCCCAAGACGGAUAAAGAUCUUGCCUAUUGGAGAAGAAGAGGCCAGGAUUUUAGUGUAUUGUUGGGUUAUACUGACAGAGGAGACUCCGAAAUGAAAGGAAUGGCAGUGCCCUGUGCCUCGUAUGGUCAUGAUAAGGAAAGUCAGUGGGAGAUGGGAGGAAGGGUGGAGAAUGUGAGGAGAACUGGCAUGCCGGAGAAUUGGAAACCCCCCAGUGACUACAAGUGGCAAAAUUUAAGGACAGAAGGUUGGAACCAACCAACCAAGUUUGGAGGACUUGUGUCUGAUAGUGACAGAGAGCGGCUGCUUCAAGAGAUGUAUUCGACAAGACAAGGAGGUCCUGCCACUGCCUCCUGUGUUAAGGGGAAAUCACAAUCCUUGCCGAGAGUCCUUUUACGAGAGAGCAUGAGAGCCGCUGGAGUGCCUCCCUUGGUCAACCAUAAGCACUCGCUCAGUGGAAUGAAGACAACCUCUUGCCCCCCAACUGGAUUGGGCCUGGAAGCCUCCAAGCAUCCUGAUCCAGCCACCCACUUCCUUCCUUUGCCCAAGCCCAAGUAUGGCAGACCUCUGAAGCCUCCCUCAUAUGAACUUCAUCAGCAAACCAGGGGAAGCCUGGAAGCCAACUCACUUCAGGAUGACCUGCGGAAAGAUGAAGCCAUCUCCUAUUUGACCAAAGUUAAUGAGCAGAUCCAGGACUCUUGUGUUCAAGACCCAGGCCUGGAGCCCCCUCUGUACAUACCCCCUCCAUGUUAUAAAUCUCCUGCUCAGCAAAGUAUGAAUCGACAUUUGCCCGGUGAAGUGCCUGACUAUGAUGUGUGCUUUAAUAAUGGUUUGCAGAGUCCACUGGAGAGAGCCAUCCUUGGUUACCCACCCACUGCUGGUACUGGGGGUGAGCACUGGAAAGACGAACUGAUUCUUCAUGACAAGAGAAGCCAUCCUUGGCAUGUGGAGGGCUACCUGUCUUCUGUCCAAUACAUUCCUUUCGAUGACCCUCGGAUACGGCAUAUUAAAAUAGCACCCCCAGAUGGUCUUCAGGAGGAAGACAGACCUGCUGGGGUUGCCAAUCGGAUCCCUUCUUAUGCCUUCCAAGACAAUUCUCUGGAACUAGAGUACAACGGUGCCUUGUUAGAUAUGCCAGGCUCUCUAAACACUGCUGUGAAAGGCAACCAGGUCCCUGGCAGCUCUGCACAAGGCAGCAGAUGGUUGGCAGAGUCCAAUGUAGACCAGGACAGUUGUGCCUUGCCAGACCAAAGAGAUGCAGGUUGUGACGCAGGUGAUGACUUGAAUUGUAAAUUCCCCCAAGGCCGGCUGUGUGCACGAAACCCACAUACAGAGCCUCCCUGUGAGACUGUGACAAAAGUGAAAGCCUUUGAACCUGGAACAGAGAUCCUGAACAAGAGGAGUUCAAAGAAAAAAAUGAACGAGAUGAUAUUUUGCUUGGUCUCCGUCCCAGUGAAAUCUGAACUGAACCUGCCAGAUACUGAUAGGAACAACAAUGUAACGCAGGGAGCCAAUGAGAAGAAUGGUCUUGAUAACAGUGGGGUUCUGCAGGAACAAAGUCUUCUAAGUACGUCUUCCACAGACUUGGAGCUCCAAGCCCUUACAGGAAGCAUGACAAAUAAGAAUGAGUUACAAAAACAAGAGUGGUGGAGACCAGAGUUCAAACAAAUGAAUGACCUCAAAGUCCUGCAGCCUGCAAAGCACAAGGAGCUCCAGUACUCUGGCUCAUGGCCAGGUGAUCAGUACAAGGACCAGCAAACACAGACCAGUUUUACAGAAGAACCCAAAAUCCUGCGGCAUUCCCAUGACUUAGAACUCAGGGGAUCAAAUACGGUGACAACUUCCCAGUUGUUAAGAUACGGAAUGUCCACUGCAGAGCCAACGCUGACUGUAUUACCCGCUGAUGGCAGAAAAUGUAGGCCGGUUCCAUCCACUGUGAAAAGUCAGGGGUGUCUUGAGAAACCCAGCAAUAGUGUUUGUUCUAGGGCUGGAGAACUUGGCCCAAAGACAUGCCCAAACCUGCCUUGUGCUUCCUGCACAGGUGUUCCUGGGCAGGAAAGGGAAACAGUUUCCAUCCUCAAAGAGGAAGGAAGUUCACCUUGCAGCAGUAAAGAGCUGUUUGGGCAAUUCCUCUUGAAACCCGUAAGCCGCCGUCCUUGGGAUAUAAUCAGUGAGCUGGAAAGUUUUAACAAGGAGCUUCAGGAACAGGAAGAAAGUAGUGAAGAUGGUGUGGAGAAUGAGGACAAGAAGGAGAGAGAAGAGGAAGGGCAGGAAGGAAAGAAAGAGAGGGGAACUUGUAUGACUGAUGGGCCCAGCCAGGACCAUAGUCCCGAUAUGCAAUCCAAAACUGUUAUCCCACUUGCUCCUGUAUCUAAACAGGGAAAUAAUAAAAGCAAGUCUGAAAGUUUAGGUGCGUCUGAAAGUUCAAGUGGAAGAGACAUACUUAGUGACCUUCACAUACAUGCUAGGUUGCAACAAAAAGGACAAAAAGAGAGGGGUGAAUCAGUUAGGACAACAAAUGGAUAUCUUACUGUAGAAUCAAGAAAAGAGGAGGUUGGGAAAAGGAUAAUAAAGCAGGCUACUAGUCCGCAGCCAGCCAAAAAGGUUCUGUCAGGUAGCUACAGCUACGACAGUCACUACAAUCCAUUCAACAGCAUCAACUUCAGGGAAGAGUGUCAAGUUAAAAACCACAAAGUAAGUGUCAUUGACUUUGAUACACCAAAGAAGAAUGUGGCAGCCAGGAAUAACCUAGCUGUGGAAAGAGGGUCUUUAGCGCGCUUAUCUUUAACAAAUAGGAAUCAAGGUCUCUCUGAGCCAGAUUUGAGAUCUGUGGGGCUCGAUGAAGGGCCUGGCACACUUGAUUGUUAUGGGCAGCCUGUUGUCGCUGAGAUUCCUCCACAUGAAUCACUUCAGGCAAGAGCAGCCAGGAUCCUGGGCAUAGAUGUAGCUGUGGAGUCCCUCUUACCUGGUAACAGAAUACUUUGGGACAAACAUUCUCACUCCAACAGCAUGCCUCAGAGCCCCGAAUUAUCAACGGAAAAGGUAGUGGGGGACAUGAUGGAAGCAAAAGCGGCUUCUUAUGAAGGAAGACGAAAGUGUGGCUGGACAGAAAGCUCCUUCUUUGUUGGAGAUAGAAACAUCUCAUUGGGGUCUUUUGAAGACCAGAGCUCUAUUCCAGAGACGUUGAUAGCUGAACAACAUUUUGAGCACUAUAAAGAUCUCAGUGGACCCCAAGAAGACCAAGCUCUCCCUCUUGAAUCUGCUGCGCUUCCAUUUGUAGAAAGAAAUUUGGUUCCACCCAGCCUCGAAAAGCGAGCUAGGAGUACUUCGAAGGUGAUCGAGACCUUGCAAGGCAAACUUGCAGCUCCCCCUAGCCGAGCUGCCAUGGAUCGUCUGGUGAGGAUGAAAGAAGUGGACUCAGUCUCUCGCAUGAGACGUCUCAGCAUAAAAAAUGCAGAUUCGGGUGAGGAUGGAGAUGAGGACAAACAGCCCAAGGGGUCAGAAGAAAGAGGAAGCGAUGCCUCCUUUGGCCGUAAUGAGCUGCCCCGCAAACUGUCCCAUGGGAGUUCUGUUUCCAAGCGCAUCAUCUCGCUAGCUGAAAACGGACUCUUGGACAACAGGAGCGAGAAGAAAACUGAGAAAGAUUUCUUUUGUUUUGAUGCAUAUGAUCCCACCAGAGUUGAAAGGGUGUGAUGCCAAAAGACGUGGGUCUCGAGCGAUUUCGACCCUCCGUGGAGCAUUUUGCUGGGUUCCAACACAUGGAAAUAGCUUUAGGCCUCGUGUUUGGAGUGUACUGACAAAGCCUUUGUCUUUGCCAAUGGGGGAAAUCAGUGUUUCGUCUUCCCCUGCUUGAUGGAGCUUGCAUAAAAGAGAGCGAAAGCAAAAAAAUAAAUUAAAAAAUCUCUCACUUUGGAACCAUCUGUUUUUUGUAGCAUUAAGACUUUAAUGCCUCUACUUGGCACGGAUUGGUCAUUUUUAAACCGCGCUGAGCAGCAUUCAGCCAGGAUGGUAAACAGGAUGAAGAUGGGAGGGGCACCAGGGAGAGGCUGGCGGGUUCCUCUGUGCAAAAUGUAAACAGGGGAGAUUAGCAAAAUGAUUUUUUGAAAGAAUGUGAAUUUCUAAGCUAAACAUCCGAACCUCUGAACCUUAAGCUUUGUUUAAUUUACGCCGUAAAGCAGGCAGCGAGAGAGACGCUGCCACCACCGCCUUUUAAGCUCGGGGAAAACGCAAGCCAACGGGAAUGAAGUCUGAUUGACUGACUGCGAAAUCAGCUUGGACUUCGACCGGUUGAAGGGGCUUUGAUUUAAGUUUCUUACUUGCCACGUGCAAAGGAAAUAAAAGCAAAGGCAAGCAAAACAAAGAAGGAGGAAGGCCAAGGCGUUGUCUGACAUGUAAUUACACAGCCUGUACAGACACGGCUACUAACUCACCAAUACCAACACAACCCUGUCUGCAGUUUUGCACUCAACUGUUGUCUAGCGAGCUGUACUUUUUUCCCCGUUUCCUUUUUGUAGCUUGGACUAGAAAUUCUUUAUUAGACAGAAUUGCUAGUUUAAUACAAGCAGACCCUUUAAAGGAAGCAACUUUUUAACAGAACGCAAUCUAUUUUUCUACGGUAAAGCAACUUGCUAACUGUCAUUGAGUUGUUAAGAAGCGUCUUUUUAUUUUUUAUUUUUAAGGAAGACCAGCUUUUCAGAGAAGCUAGCCAAGAAGGGUUUAUCCUGUGCACAUUCCACAUCCUCCUCCUCUCCACCACUGCCCCCUUGUCUAUUGUAGCAAGAGGUGUGUGUGUAUGUAUAUAUAUUCUCCUAUAAAACCAAUUUGUAUCUAUUUAAUCAGACACAUGUCUUCAUUUUCUCACUGCUUAAGUCGCUGCUUUUAGAGGAGAACACAGCCAAAAAUAGUCUGGAAUGCUCUUCCACUUCUAACAUUCCACAGGUAUAAUAACCAAAAAGUAGGAGUGGUUUAAAUCUAGCCCAGCUUUCCCCAACUCGGUGCCCUUCAAACCUGUUGGACUUCAAUUCCCUUAUUUCCAGCCAACAUAGCCACUGAUCCUAAGACAUCUGCAGUGGCACAAAUAUUAGAGACUGGAAGAAGUCAGUGGCAUAUGAGUCUGAGCCUCUUCCAUCGUUCUUGGGAGCAUCCGGUACCAUCCAUACCUACUAAUAAAGGCUGGUGUCUUUUCAAGGCACCUUUGGCACACAUAAUAAGCCUCACGAGGAGCUACAACAUGAAGGGGAACACCAAAGUUCAAUCCCUAGAGCAAUGGACAUGGUGGAAGCGGUUUCACUUCUUUGUACCAGACCUUCCUGGCACAUGGUAACAGCCAGUUUGGCAGAGCAAGCCACAGGGCUGGGUGGUUGUUCUCUGUGUUCGGGUUUUUAUAUUUACACUAACUUUUUUUUUAGAAUUAUAAUCCUGUUUCAGAUCCACCCCUGUGACCAUGACAAAGAGCUAUUUUUGUCACUUCCUUUUAAAGCAUUCCUUUAAAAAUAAUAAUAAUAAUAAUAAUAAUAUUCCAAAUGUGUUUAAAGAGAACCUUGCAUUCUUCUAGGAUUAAUACCAAUGUAACCUGCACAACACGUAUUUAUAUAUUCAGAACAAAACAUGGGUGUCCUGUGUUUUUGUUUGCUAACAUACUUCUGAACAUUUAUUUCUGUCUGCUUGCAUUGGCCUUUUCAUAUGUUGUUCUUUUUUCUUCUUCUCUUAAAGCCAUGUUACCUGUUAAGCAUUUCAAAUUCCCAAGGUCUUAUUUUGGGGGAAGGUCCUAUUAUUCGGCCAAAUAUAAAAAUAACCCACUUUCUGUGCUCUGACAACCACAAUUGCUUAUCUGUAACCUGUGAUUCUGUUACAUAGAAUCAUUAUUAAAUAUUUAAAGUUUGUUAUACA